UGCGGGACCGGCGAGCGGCAGCCUGGCUGCGCAGCGCCAGCGCCUGCGGGGCCGGGAUGAUGAGCCUGACCUCGGCGCCCGAUUCCCGGCCGUUGCGCCGGGCCGUGACCCCCGCGGGCCGGCGGACGGAAUCUCCUGUAGUGGAGCUGAACGUUGGGGGUGAGUUCUAUACCACCACCUUGGGCACCCUGAGAAAACUCCCAGACUCAAAGCUGGCAGAGAUGUUCUCCAGCGCCGCCAAGGCCUGCCUGGAUGCGGAGGGACGCUUCUUCAUCGAUCGCUGCGGCACCUAUUUUGGACCCAUCCUGGAAUACCUACGCAGUGGGCAGCUGCCCACACAGCACAUCCCCGAGGUGUACCGUGAGGCUCAGUUCUACGAAAUCAAGCCUUUAAUCAAACUCUUGGAGGACAUGCCACAGAUCUUUGGUGAGCAGGUAGCUCGGAAGCAGUUUUUGCUGCAGGUGCCAGGCUACAGUGAGAACCUGGAGCUUAUGGUGCGCCUGGCGCGUGCUGAGGCCGUGGCGGCGCGCUGCUCUAGAGUUCUGGUGUGCCUGGUACAAAACGAAAAGGAUGAUGCAAACUGCGCGGACGCCCUGCGCUCCCUGGAGGCAGACAAGAGGUCAGUCGUCAAAUUCGGGCCUUGGAAGGCAGCCCUGGAUAUCAGGGACCUCCUGGACUGCAUGAACAUGGACAUUAAGGCCCAAGGGUACCAGGUACACUAUUCACACAACAGUCCAUUACCGGCCAAGGUCUCCAACUACUUCUAUACCUUCAGCUUCAGCUGGUGGUGAUCCCCAGGGGUGGGGGCUGUUUGUUACGAGCUCUGGUGGGACUUACGAAAUUAAAGGUUGCCUUCCAAAGCCAUCUUCCUUUAAUUUUAAAAACAAAUAGACAUCAAAAACUUCCAGGGUGGUCUACUUGAGUCUUGCCCCCAAAUAUGUGUUUCCCCUUUGAGGACUUCCCACUCAUUGCAACUGACUCCACUGUACUUGCCUAGAGAGGUGCAGCUGUUUCCUCUUUAAAGCCUCAUGUACCUGCCAGACCCUUCCCUUGAAGUCCAAUAGCAAGGCAGAGGUGAACUGGAAUGUUUCAACAAUGCUUUGGCUGGAGAUGCGGGAUGGCAACAGGAAAAUAAUAGGAUGUCAUGAGUCUAGACAGACCUAAAAAUGUAAUCUACCCAGCCUCAGCUUGUGGUCCAAUCUUCUAGCCCUGGUGUGUGCCUUCAUGAGGAAGAUGCCAAGUUAGUAUACCUGGAGUAGACGGUGCUCAGAUCUCCUUUCCCGGAUGCUGUGGGUAUUGGCUGCUAAAGCCUCACAGCUGUCCUCUUAUCUAGAGCAGUAGUUCUCAAAGUGUGGUCCCUAGACCGGCAGCAUCCCCAAUACCUGGGAACUUGUUAGAAAUACAAAUUCUCUAGUCCCUACCUCAGACCAACUGAAUCAGAAACAGGGAGUUGGCCCAGCAGUCUGUUUUAAGAAGUCCUCCAGGUAAUUCUGAUGCACUUUAAUUUUGAGAUCUGAUCAAGAACAGAAUUGCUAUCUCGCUUGUGUGGAGGUACAGCAGACUGAUCCCUCACCUCAAGGAGGUGCAGUUCCUAUUCUAGAGCUCCUCGUGGGAUCAGGCUGAAGUCAGUCUUCACUGAACACCACAUUCUUGCUUAGUGGUCUUCCUCUGCUUUACCCGGCUUCCCUCCCUCCCCCUCACCUGAGAACACAUCCUCAAUAAACCACUUAAACAAGAGACUCUCUCAGGUUCUGCUUCUCAACCAAACACAUUAAGUAACUCUAAAGAGGACACAUUCAUCUUUCUCCAAGUUCAGGUCUGGGAUAGAUGGCCCCCGUUCCCCACCUAGUAGGAUUACCAGCCAUCCUGGGUUCCCUGGGACUGAAGGUCAGGUUUAACUGUGAAGCUUUAAGGAAUUAACACUGAAUCAGAGAAUUUCAAAUUUAAACAUAAAAUCGCUCAGAACAUAGUUAUUUUCAGUGAGCGUUUUAAUUCAGUAACUGCAUCUGCUUGUAUAUUUUUUUUCUUAUUUUCAAAGCUUGUUCUAUAUUUUCUUUUUCUUUUUUAGGUAUUUAAUAUGGUUGAAAAUUUAAAGUGGAAAAAUCCUGAAUAUCUAUUUGAACUUAACAUCAUGAGUUAAUUCAACGUUACUCAUCAAGAGCCUGAAAAAAGUUCAUACCCUUUGAUCAGUAAUUACACUUCUGAGAUUUGAUUCCAAGGAGAUACCCUGCUCCAUAAGAUCUAAAUAGGAUUGCUUAAAAUCUCAGUUUCAUGAAUUAUGGAAAGAUCAAUGUCCUCCCCAAGAUUUCUGCACAUUCCCAGAGGGCUUGUCUUCUUACGGUCAGCUCUGGUUCUCUGUUUCUGCUAGAUUCAUUCAGCAUAGGGAUCAACUAGAUGUCUUAAACCUGUUGUGCUGUUCUACGCAAUGCUUACCCAGAGUUAACACUCAGAUCUUUUUCUUAAUUUUUACAAAUGCCACUCCCAUCAGCUAUUUGUGCACAUAGCAGACUGUGGCAAAUACAGGCAAGUAAGGGGAGUUUACCGCACAGAAAUGCCAACAACUUCAAACUGAAUAUUGGGCAUAUUUCUUCUUAAGGGUGCCUUAGUCACCCCCAUCACUAGGGGCUUUUCACUAGUAGAUUGUAUUUGUGUCCUAUUCUUUCUUCCCUCUCUAUUCCUGCCAUGCUUCUCUGUAGGUGGGAGUAAUCUUCCCCACCCCACUGAGUUCGUGCUUGGCCUCAUGACUUAAUCUGGCCAAUGGUAUACGUGUGGAACUGACAGUUGUGCCAGUUCCAAAAUGAGGCUUUCGAGGCAUGCCAAAUUUCCACCAGCCCCCUUGUGUUCUUGUCAUUUGCCAAAAGACCAUGUUCCAGUUUAGCUACCUCUUUUACUGCUCUGGCUCUAGCCUGCAUCCCUUUGGAUCUGACUCUCUUCCUUAGCAAUUUACCAAACUAUUUUAUUAAAUGAAGGCAAUUCCAAUACCCCGGCCCCCCACUCCCAAUCCAUAACACAAUUAAGAUAACAUACGAUUUUUAUCCUACUUAAUUUACAAUAGCAAAACAAUUGGAAAUAAGCCAACUUAGUUACAUCUAUAUAAUGCAAUGUUAUAUAGCAAAAUUGCAUUUACAGAUGGCUUAAAAUUUUUGGGGAGGAGAUUAAUUUAAUUCAGUACAAUUUAAUUAAAUCUUUGCUCUAAAAAGGAUUUAAGGUGGUGGGGCUUACAGGGCUAUGAAAAAAAGAAAUAUAAAAGAUGUAAAUUAGAAAUACAUAAAUUAAAUUGACACGCUUGGUUGCCUUCCCAAUAAUACCAUCUCCUCCCUUCCUCUGAAAUAGCAAAAUAAGUAAAGCACAUUAGUAAUGUUCAAAAUACCAUCUCUGAACAUCCUGAUUAAAAAAUGGGCAGAAGACCUGAAUAGAUAUUUUUCCAAAGAAGAUGAACAGAUGGCCAACAGGCACAUGAAAAG